AUGAAGAAGCCUGGUAUGCCAGGCAUGACAAUCUAUUUCGACCAGUACAAUCCAAACGACGAGAAGGGCACUGAUGUCAGGCGUUCACUGGCUGACCUCGACUACUCCCCACUCAAAAGACUGACGGGUCAGUCUAUUGCGAUGGCAAUGCUGGUUUCUAUGGGUGGUCUAAUUUUCGGUUAUGAUACUGGUCAAAUUUCUGGCUUUCUGGAAUUGCCUGAUUUCUUGGAACGAUUUGGUCAACCAGGCCCGGAUGGUGAGGCUCAGUUUAGCAACGUACGAUCUGGUCUUAUUGUCGCCAUGCUGUCUAUUGGCACACUGAUUGGAGCUCUUGCGGCUGCUCCCAUCGCGGAUAGGAUGGGAAGACGUCUUUCCAUCAGCUUGUGGUGUUUUGUUUGCGGUAUUGGCUUCCUUGUCCAGAUAACAGCUUUCCAUGCUUGGUACCAGAUCAUGAUUGGACGUAUCAUUGCUGGUUUUGGUGUUGGAGCUUUGUCUCUGCUUGUGCCCAUGUACCAGGCAGAAACAGCACCACCCUGGAUUCGAGGUGCCAUGGUUUGCACAUACCAACUUUUCAUCACCCUUGGCAUUUUCCUUGCAGCCUGCUUCAACUUUGGAGUGUACGAGCAUCAAAGAAACAGCUCAGCCUCGUGGAGAAUUGUGAUCGGUGUGGGCUACGCUUUCUUGAUCAUUUUGGGUGUCGGGAUCAUUUUCUUCCCGGAAACUCCUCGAUAUGCAUAUCGGGUAGGCCGCAAAGAGGAAGCCAAAGAGACUCUUUGCAAAGUCUAUGGCGCACCACCGAAUCAUUACUCCAUCUACACACAGAUGGAAGAGAUCGAGGCCAAAUUUAUCUCCGAAAAACACAUCAAAGGAGGACCUCUCUCCGAAAUGGCGUCCAUGCUACGUGCGCCUCGAGUUGCUCAUCGUCUCGCUCUUGGUAUGGGAUUGCAGAUGUUUCAGCAGCUGACAGGUGCCAAUUACUUCUUUUACUACGGCACAACCAUUUUCCAGUCUGUUCAGAUUAAUUCUUAUGUGACACAGAUGAUUCUGAAUGGCAUCAACUUUGGCAGUACUUUCAUAGGUCUCUAUAUUGUGGAGCACUAUGGACGACGCAAGUCUUUGAUCUUCGGCAGCAUUUGGAUGUUCUGCUGCUUCCUGGUUUUCGCUUCAGUUGGACACUUCAGCCUGGAUCAAACUGAUCCUACACGUACACCACAGGCUGGUAUUACUCUGAUCUGCUUUGCCUCCUUCUUCAUCUGGGGUUACGCCAUUACCUGGGGUCCACAAGUAUGGGCACUUAUCAGUGAACUGUUUCCAUCUCGAUAUCGAGCCAAGGGCAUGGCUUUGUCAACUGCAUCUAACUGGAUGUGGAAUUUCUUAUUGGCCUUUUUUACUCCUUUUAUCACUGGGGCUAUAGACUUCAGAUAUGGCUACGUGUUCGCAGCCUGCAACUUCAUGGGAGGGUUAAUCGUCUACUUCUUCUUAAUUGAAGGCCAAGGACGAACGCUUGAAGAGAUUGACACAAUGUACCUUGAGAAGGUCUCGCCGAUGAAGAGCAGCAAGUGGGUGCCACCAUCCGCUGAAGACAUGGCUCGAAUUCGCCGACAGGCAGGUACAGAUGAAACAGCUGCUGUGAUGAACAACUCAGAUGAUGUUGAGCAAAGAGGCACGUUUAGUGGGGAGACAGAGCGUGGCUCAGAUGGUAUGAUGAGAAAACAUGAAGACGAGACUGUUCAACACAGAGAAGGAGGUGUAAUUCGGUAA